AUGUCACGACAAGAGGAAGACGAGGACUGGAAAUCUUUGACCGAUGCUAAUGAGCGAAGAAGAGUGCAAAAUCGAAUCGCGCAGCGCAACUAUCGCCGUAACAUCAAGCGUCGACUACAGCAACUGGAGGUGUUCAAUCGCAGCACAUCAGAUAGCCCACCAACGACACCUAAAGAAAAUCAGCAGUCUUGUCGAACGCCACCGAAAGAAUCAACAAAAUCGAAGCAUACACGUCGAGAUUCUAUCAACCCCACGGCCCCAGAUGCACUAUUGCCUAAUCUGGAGACGGGCAAUGGACUCCCAGCAGCGGUAUCACCGAACGACUCUUCUGUCCAAGCUUUCCUGUUCGGCAGUACAGGAGAAGCAGGGAACAUUUCGUCAAUAUCCAAUCAAGAAAACAGCAACAUUGCCUCGCAACAGAAGAACGAAAUGACCAACGUGUUUGAUUUGACAACUCCCCUUACGAGUCUGGAGAACGAUCUCAUUUUGUUUGGUCGAACCACGGUCCCGUCAUCGGCGUCUACUUCCUCAUCGAAUUCUACCUUACCUCCAAGCCUCAAUGCUUUGCAGAAAGCUGUGAUAAAAGGCCGUGAUAGUAUUGCGGAGCUUCUUGUUGAGAAUGGAGCAGACGUCUACAUCAUAGAUGAUUACGGGAACAACAUCCUGCAUCUCGCUGCGCAGACCGGACAUGCGUCCUUGAUAUCAUUCGGGUUGUCGCAUUGCGUGAAUGUCAAUGCCAUCAAUGUGGCAGGAGAGACGCCGUUACAUGUAGCGAUAGAGCAUGACUACGUUGAAAUCGUUGACAUGCUAAUCAGAGCUGGAGCAGAUAUGGAAUUUAAGUCGUAA